AUGGCUGAAACCAUGUAUUUCACUAGAAAAAUCAUCACCGCAUGCUCCAUGUUCUUCUCUUCUCUAUCUGUCAUAAUUUAUCUGAAAUUGAUAUUAGCGAUAUUCUGGUUCAAAACGAUUCGAAAAGCUCCUGAAUUAUCAUUAUUCUACUGGCAUUUAAGGUUCGAUAUAGUUUGCACACUCACCCAAAACAUGAUGAUUUUUAUAUUUGUGAUUACUAUCCAAUUUGAAUGGUUUUAUUUCGAUCAUCCCAAUUUCGCCUUUUAUGUGUUUCGGCCGGUCUACUUGCUCGGAAAUAUGAGAGCUUUACUUCUUUUUAUAAUUGCACUGGAUAGAACCGUGGCCACUUACUUCCCGAUAAAGUUUUUCAAGUACCGAAAACUGAUCCCAACUAUGGCAAUUGUGGCUGUUGUAGUUAUAUAUGGGGUAUUUGACGUCUUUGUUCUUUUUGGAAUUUGUGGAGAAGUUAUUAAUGUCCCUGUGGGAUGUGUAAUGAUUUUAUGUGGGAUUAGACCCUGUUAUGUGAACUAUUGGCUCAUUUAUGAAAAGACAGUCUAUGCACUAGUCAUAGCUCUUUGCUCUUUUCUAUCUUUCAAACUAUUCGUCUGGAAUAAAUGCCAACAUUUGGAAAUCAGCAAGGAACUGAAACGAGCCAACCGUUUGGCGUUAAUCGAUACUUUCAUAAUUAUAUUUUUCGAUUUACUUCCUCCGGUUGUUGUUUCAUAUGUACCAAAUGUGUUUUACUAUUUGGGAGUUAUCAAUACGUUUUUCAAAACUCUAGGAUAUGUCGUGGAGAGAUGCUUGAUUGCUGGAAAUUUGAAUAGAAAAUAUAAAAAUAACAAAAAAUCUAGUGCUGGGCCUCUCACUAAAACUAUUGUGAUGAAUUAA